AUGACCAAGCAGAAGCCACCACCACACCACUGGUCUCACCGACCAGAGACACAAGCAGGGCAGACAUCACACCUCGACGACGUCUUCAAGAAGAGCGCGGCACCCGAGGGCGUCGGCGUCGCCGGCCCCGGCCAGAAGCCCGAGGCAGAGCUUUCACCCGGCGCUGCCACACUGUCUGCCGAGCCCAAGCCCGGCCGGACCACCAAACAGCCUCUCGCCGCAACGAAGCAGCCGGAUCCGGAGAACCCAGGGCCGGCCAGAGCCAGCCACGCACGCCCGGAGCUGCCACCCCCCGCCAUCCGCCGGAUCCACAGCGCCAGGAGCUGCCGGAGCACCACCAAGACGCCGCCGCGCCCACCCACCGCCGGAGCCGCGCCAGAGCGAGACCACCACCGCGCCGCGUCACCCCACAGACCGCCGGAGCCACACCCGCCCGCUUCGGAGCCGCGCCCGCGCGCCCGACCUAGCUUGCCGCGCCCGGCCGCCUCGCAGAGAGAUGCCCCGCCGCCACCCUCCCUGGAGCCAGUCCGGGCUUCGCCGGCGGUCUCCUCAGGCGGCGGCGAGAUCGUGUGCAACUCCACCAACUUCGUGUGCAACUUCUCGGAAUGGUAG